UGGUUUCCUGGCGACCCGGCUGUGCUAGUAGCUUUCCCCGCAAUUUGUACUUUCUCUUCCUGACCAGUGGGUGCUGGCCAUGCCGUCUCUGCUCUCAACCCCCAGGCUGGUUCCCGUUAUAGCAAGGCUCCGCGGCCUCUCAGGAUGCAUGUCAUGUUUACAGCGAAGGUACUCCCUCCAGCCGGUGCCAGUAAAGGAAAUUCCAAACCGGUACUUAGGCCAGCCCAGCCCAGUUACACAUCCACACCUCCUCAGACCAGGGGAGGUGACACCAGGGCUAUCCCAGGUGGAAUAUGCACUUCGAAGACAUAAGCUUAUGGCUCUGGUCCACAAAGAAGCACAAGGGCACAGUGGGACAGACCACACAGUGGUGAUACUCUCUAACCCUAUGUACUAUAUGAGCAACGACAUCCCCUACACAUUCCACCAAGACAACAACUUCCUGUAUCUUUGUGGAUUCCAAGAGCCUGAUAGCAUUCUGGUCCUUCAGAGCCUCUCUGGGAAGCAGUUACCAUCCCAUAAGGCCAUGCUUUUUGUGCCUCGGAGAGAUCCUGGUCGAGAAUUGUGGGAUGGCCCCCGAUCUGGCACGGAUGGAGCAGUAGCCCUAACUGGAGUGGAUGACGCCUACCCGCUGGAAGAAUUUCAGCACCUGCUACCCAAACUGAGAGCUGAGACGAACAUGGUUUGGUAUGACUGGAUGAAGCCUUCUCAUGCACAACUUCACUCUGACUACAUGCAGCCUCUAACUGAAGCCAAAGCCACGAGCAAGAACAAGGUUCGGAGUGUCCAGCACCUGAUACAGCACCUGCGGCUAAUUAAGUCUCCUGCAGAAAUUAAGAGAAUGCAGAUUGCUGGGAAGCUGACAUCAGAGGCUUUCAUCGAGACCAUGUUUGCCAGUAAAGCUCCGGUAGACGAAGCCUUUCUUUAUGCGAAGUUUGAAUUUGAGUGCCGUGCCCGAGGUGCUGACAUCUUAGCCUACCCCCCUGUGGUUGCAGGCGGUAAUCGCUCCAACACUCUGCACUAUGUGAAAAAUAACCAGCUCAUCAAGGAUGGUGAAAUGGUGCUUCUUGACGGAGGUUGUGAGUCUUCCUGCUAUGUGAGUGACAUUACCAGGACGUGGCCCGUCAAUGGCAGAUUCACCGCACCUCAGGCAGAGCUCUAUGAAGCUGUUCUAGAAAUCCAGAAAGCUUGUUUGACACUGUGCUCCCCUGGGACAAGCUUGGAGAACAUCUACAGCAUGAUGCUGACACUGAUGGGACAGAAGCUUAAGGAUCUGGGGAUCAUAAAGACCAGCAAGGAAAGCGCCUUCAAGGCUGCUCGAAAAUACUGUCCUCAUCACGUGAGCCAUUACCUCGGGAUGGAUGUCCAUGACACUCCAGACAUGCCUCGUUCACUCCCUCUGCAGCCUGGUAUGGUGAUCACGGUUGAACCAGGCAUUUAUAUCCCAGAGGAUGACAGAGAUGCCCCAGAGAAGUUUCGAGGUCUCGGAGUUCGGAUUGAGGAUGAUGUAGUGGUGACUCAGGACUCACCUCUUAUCCUUUCUGCAGACUGUCCCAAAGAGGUGAAUGACAUUGAGCAGAUCUGCAGCAGGACCUCCUGACCACAGCUGUAGCACACAUGCUCCCAGGUCCAAGACUGGCGUCCUUGCCUACGCGAGUCUCAGUGUCUCUGUGGGGAUUAGAUACAGCUUCCAUGGGAACUGCACAGCCAAUGAGUGAGGACAUUUUCAUAUUAAGUAGGUUUAAAUCUGGAAACGGGGACUCUGGAAUAAUCUGUUACUAGGACUGUAGUGACGUUAAUUCUGAGAAGUUAAUGAUCCAGAAAGUUUAACAUGUGGCUGUAAAGUAAGGGUGCGGUUAUGUGCACCCCUGCAUUCUGGUUAACACAUUUCAACAGAAAACUCUCUUCGUCCCUCUCUGCACCUCUGAGAUCCACUUAACUUCCUAACAUGCUUGUGUGAAGCCGCAUGUUUAACUUCUCACCAAAGUUUGAGCCUAUGCUAAAGGCUACCAGUUAAUGUUUGAGGUGGCCUUACUUACUUGCCAUGGCCUCCGCCUCCUGGUCCAAGUUCUCCACACCCACUGGGAUCUCUUGGGCCUCAGGGAGCACAGGCGUCUCAGCCAGAGUACAGCAGCACAGCAGCACAGCCCACCAGCAAGAGUCUUGGAUCUUUCUUGCCGUUUGAUUGCCCAGGACCUGGAAAGUGUCUAGGCUCUUCUAGGGAAGAAAAUGAAAGAGAAAGAAAAGUGUCUACGUGUCUCCACAGGUCCAGACCUUGAGCUCUGUUUUCUUCAGUUUAAAGGAGAUUUUUUUUUAAAUGUCCACCUUCCUCUCUUUCAUAGAUUCUUUUCUUAGGAAACAUUGUCGCUACGUGCCUCAAGUCCUUCAUAAGUUGCUGUGCUUUGAGAGACAGGAUCUUAGGUAGCCCAGGCUGGCCUCAAACUCAUUAUACAAUUAU